AUGAGUGAGGAAGGCGAAAAGAAGCAAGUGUCUUUGGAGUCUUCUGUGGCUGCUGAAGAAUCAUUGUCAUCAUCACAAUCGGAAAGUAGUACUACCACUACUUUAAGUGAUAGUAAUAAUGAAAAAAAGACACAAGGCACAGAAAAGAAAGGAAUGACCUAUCAAGAAUUGUUGAAUGGAACCGAUGAAGAUGAUGAUUGGGUUCCGAAUGUUCCGAAGGAAUUGCCAGAGUGGUGUAGCAAGGAACAUCCGCUGUUGAGUACUUCAGUAGAUAUGAAUAAUCCCAUUACGGAAGCGUUAGCUCAAAUGAAGUAUGAAGGAACGCCCGAUGAAAUUGCAACCAAUCUCAAGAAUCAAGGAAAUUCCUUGCUGAAGGAAGCAAAAAAUCCUGAAAAGUAUUACAAAGAUGUGAUUCAAUAUUAUUCCGAAGGUCUAGAGCAACCAAUAACUGACAUGAGAUUGAAAGUGGAUUUGUUAAACAACAGAUCUCAUGUGUUAAGUUUAAUGGGAAAUUAUGGUAGAGCAAUCGAGGAUGCCAAGGCAGCUUUAAAAAUUGACAAGAAAAAUACCAAAUCCAUGUUCAGAAUUGCCAAAGCUGCAAUGGCUUUGAAAAAGUACAAAACUGUCAUCAAAUAUGCUGAAAAAGCACUCAAAAUUGAAAAGACUCAUCCUCUCUUUGAAGACAUAAUCAAAAAGCUGAAGAAGCAUUAA